GUUAAUCUUAACUUUUGUCCAUCGCUGUAAAUUUUUAAUUCGUUUAUCACUUGAUAUACGAUAUCUUUUAGGAAUAUUGGGGAAAGAGAAAGACAAAACAAUUUAAUUUGUUGUUACCAGUUAUUACUAGCAACUUUCUUUACGAUUUAUAAUUGGUAGUCAACAAGACGCAAUGAAGUCACAAUGAUUCUAAGCCACCACCUAAGAGUUAAUUUAUUCUGUGACCAUCUUUUCAAUAUCGCCAGUCGUUUCUCUCAGGAAUUAGCAUUCUAUGCGUAUGCAUGUAGUCGCAUGUGUUUGCAGCUGAGUCUUGUUCGUCUUUAGACAGAAAUAUCAACGAUGCAGUAAGAUAGUAGUUGGUUAAAUAGUAAUUAAAGGCUGAUAUCAAAAUCUUUUUUAUGUUAGAUCGAGAUUUUAGAUCAAUUUCAAGGAUGAACUUCCGCUUUCUGAUGAGCACCUGUUUCUCAGAUAAGAUAAUACUUAUCCGAAUCACGUGCAUCAUUAAGCAACUAAAGAUAUGCUUAAUGUUUAACUAUAAUUUAUGUAUUAGCGGACGACUGCAAUUAAUCGUUGUAUGAUCAACGCGAUAAAAAAGGUUCAAACAGACUUGAUCCCUCGUUCGUUCUACAUUUACUCAACUGUAUUUUCCUUUCCAUCAUAUUUGAAUUUUGUUUUCAGUUAGGUACACAGUAACCAUUAAUUGAACGAAUGAGGAGGAAUUUGAGGUAUAGAAAUCGCUUAAGAAUACAAGAGAGAGGGGAAAAGAGAUCGAAGGAUUCGAGAUAUCUACAAGGGAAAUUUGGUACGCAGAAGAUGCAUAAAGUUGAUUGGCGCACGCGUCUCGCGUUGAAGCUUGUUUUCUACGUGCUACUGUGCACACUAACCAAUGGGUCAAACGUUCUGCAUGACACAUAGCCUACUGCUCGCCCAAGUUCGCGUCCAAGCAACGAUACGUGGAGUUCUGCGUGAAACGAUGCACACAUGCUCGCACCACGUGCCUGUCACGUGCUCGACGCGAGAGGAAAUAAGCGGAUUAUCCGGAACGAUCGUCGAAUUAUCGAAGCGAAUUUUCUUCAUUGAUGUGAUAAAUUGGAUCGAGUUUCAUUUUUUCAAGAAAUUUUCACGAGCACGCAGUGGCUCGAAGGACGCAUGUGCACGCGGACAAAAUUCGCGCGUCUUUCUACUGCGCAGGUCAGCGGGAACUCGACCAACCAUAAGGUCGGUCGCUUUUGCUUAUAUAAAGCUUUACCGGCAGUUGUCGCGAGUACAUUCGCUUUGCGCGCGUCGUCCAAGAAGGGGUGAAUAAAAGUAAUUUCUUUUUCGUUCCUGCAGUUUCUACACGAGUGUUGAUCCUAUUUCUACUCGUUGUGAUUUCCUGUUUCUUUCUUUUUUUUGCUUGAUUACGAUUUUCACUAACAAAAUUUCCUAUCGCAAGAAGAAAUCAACGUGAAAGAAAGAAGAAAAGCAGAAACAAUCACGACCGUCAAUGUACAUAUAUUGUCCAUGGAAAAAGAUACAAGUGGGAUUCUACGAGAUAGGGCGAAUAAUUGGCGUAUCAAGAAUUUCUUGAGAGAACGAAAACUGUUCCGGAAAACGCUACGUGAUUUUGUGAUACUUCGUUAGAGGUGACGAAAUCUAACUAGUUUAGACAGAGAAACAAAAGAGGAAACAAAGACGGGAAGAAAACAAAAGGAGGAAGAGAGAAAAGAAAGGAGGAAAAACAAUGCGCGAAUGUCUUCUCGUAACGAGCAUAUCAUUGUGAUUAAUAGACUGUGAUAUAUAACUUGUACAUAUUUUAUUUUACUUUAAAAUCGUUCCGUUUGGGGCAAACGACAACUGAAGAUCAAUAUGACGAACACCAUGGCAGAAAAAAAUGGUGACAUCCAAAACUCAGAGAAGUCAUCCUUGGUGGAGUCAAAGAUACUUCCAAAAAUUCAGUCAUCCAAUCGUUUGGAAGAUGUACAACCUAUGCUAGCGACAAACAGUGCAAGCAGUGAUCCAGAAAAUGGUCGUACUGUUAAUGGCAGCGUUGUCAGGCAAGUUCUGGCAGCAGUGGUAGCACAACUUGGGACUAUCAACACUGGUAUGACCUUUGGUUUCUCUGCCAUCGCUCUCCCACAACUUCAAGAACCAAAUAGCACCAUUCCCAUCGUCGAAGGUUCAUCCGAGGAAUCAUGGAUCGCUAGUAUGGCUUCUAUUGGAACUCCCAUCGGAUGUUUGAUGUCUGGAUACAUGAUGGAUGUACUUGGAAGGAAACUAUCUCUCAUUAUCACAGAGAUUCCUGCACUACUUGGGUGGAUAUUAAUUGCAUUUGCAACUGACAUUCAUAUGAUAUACGCUGGAAGAUUCUUCGUAGGACUUGGAUCGGGCAUGGUUGGUGCUCCAGCUCGCGUCUACACGGGAGAAGUGACUCAACCCCAUCUACGAGGAAUGUUGACCGCUUUUGCAAGUAUCGGGGUCAGCACCGGUGUUCUAAUCGAGUAUUUAUUAGGAAGCGUACUUACGUGGAACAUCUGCGCAGCUGUUAGUGGGAUUUUACCUCUUGCCGCUUUACUAUUGAUGUUUCUAUUUCCUGAGACACCGUCGUAUCUUAUGUCUCGUAGUAAACCUGACAAAGCACGCGAAGCAUUACAACAGUUUCGUGGUAGUACAUGUAAUAUUAAUCAAGAAAUGGAGACACUUAUCAAUUUUUCAAAUAAGAACAAUAUCAAACGACUAACAGGAUUUCGUGAGAUAGUCAACGCUCUGUUAAAACCUAAUGCUGUUAAACCAUUUACUCUGCUAUUUUUAUACUUUUUAAUAUACCAAUGGUCAGGUACAAACGUUAUAACGUUUUAUGCCGUUGAAAUCUUCCAAGAUUCAGGGGCAACGUUAAACAAGUACUUAGCUGCAGUAAUUCUCGGCAUAGUUAGAUUAGCAUCAACCAUUGUCGCUUGUGUCUUAUGUAAAAAAUGUGGACGAAGACCUCUCACAAUGGUUUCUUCCGUUGGUUGUGGACUUUCCAUGAUAGGAUUAGGUGGAUAUAUGUGGUUAAGAAACUACUGGAUUACGAACAAUUUUCAACUUAUUGCUACUUGGUUUCCUGUUUUAUGUAUAUUCUCAUACACUAUAACUUGCACUCUUGGUUUCCUUGUUAUUCCUUGGGUAAUGAUAGGCGAAGUGUAUCCAACACAAGUACGCGGUAUUAUCGGAGGUUUGACUACAAUGGCAGCCCACUCUUUUAUCUUUACAGUAGUUAAAACGUAUCCGUUUUUGGCUAGCUCAAUUACUCGGCACGGUACUUUCAUUCUUUACGGUUGCAUAUCUUUAUUCGGCACGAUAUACUUUUAUCUGUGUCUUCCCGAAACUAAAGGUAAAACGCUUCAAGAAAUAGAAGAUUAUUUUUCCGGAAGGAACGAUGACUUAAGAACCGGAAGUAUAGGUAGACAUAAGCCAAAGGUGUUAGAAGCGAAAAAGGGUCAGAUAUUGCCUUGAAUUACUCGCACAGUCAACAUUUUAAUAGACAUAAAUUAACGAAUCUGUCUUCCAUUGAACAAACAUAAAAGUUACUUGGCUAUGUUUUAUUAUUACUAAUCAAAAUUAAUUCUUAUAUUAUUAUCAAAGAGUAGUUUUAAUUUAAACAACAGAAAAAUGGUAUUAUAUAUAUAUAUUCGUCUUGUAACAAGACAUCGGAACUGGUAACAUAAUCAAAAGACUUCAAAAAUCAAUGAAGAUCUAUCAAAUCAUAUUAAGACUUCAAUUAUCGAUAUCCUGAUAUUUUAUUUUUCAUUUUUAAGUAAGAUAAUUUUAAUUUGCGACGAUAUCUAUUUAUUGAUAAAAUAUUCAGGUAAUUUAAAUACUACAUAAUUUUUUAAAUAAAAUAGUAGUAAUAAGAUAUAUUUUUGUAAGAGUUAUUGACAGGAUCAAAUCUACUCGUCAAAAAACGAACAGAGGGAAGAAAGGAGACAAAAUAUGUACAUGCUUUACAGAUGUUUUAAUAUGCGCACAAAAUACGAAAGGUGCUAUUUAUUGUUAUAGUAUUAUAAUAUUUGUAUAUAUGUGACGAGAAGAUAACAUACAGUUAACAAGCUAUGUAAGAAACAUUUGUAAACAAAGUUCCAACAAUGCAAACUAUUCUAUAAGUUAAAUUAAACAUUUUUAAUAUA